AUGGAGGAUGACGAUGAGUAUCAAGAACGUCGUGAGCAAAUCAUUGAGUCAAGGCAAAGAACUGAUGCGAAAUUUGCUAACUAUGAUGCACCUGACAACUGUAUUAAAUGUAGCCUGCCGUUGUUUGACUCCUGGUUGUGGGAGCGGUACAACCAUCCAGUAUGUGAUACCUGCAGAGACGAUUUGGGUGAACAUAGGCUUAUUCCUCGGACUGAGGUGAAAUCGUUUUAUUUGUUGAAAGACUGCGAUCUCGAUCUACGAAAGCCACCACUACGUUAUUGGUCGAAGAAGAAUCCUCACAAUCCCCGCUAUGGUGACAUGAAGCUUUAUUUAAAGUGUCAGGUGGUCGAAAGAAUGCUGGAAGUUUAUGGAAGUUGGGAGGAGUUUGAAGCGGAAAAAAGGUUACGAACUUCGCAGAAAGAAAUUCGUGCUGAGAAGAAUUUUGAAAAGAAAGUGAAGGAGAUGAGACAACACGUAAGUAUGAAAUUCAGACCAUUUCGGAUUUAUUUCUUCGAGAAAAAUUGA